AUGGUGCAGGUCCUGUCAGACACGCGAGAGGUCUAUGUUGACGCUGGCCAGUCGCAGGCUCUCUUAGAGGCAGGCUAUCCAGUGCAGUCACUUCUGCUUGGCAAGGAGCACAACCAGCUGCAGCUGCGUACAUGUGACCUGGACAUUGUGGCCUCUCUGCUGGAGAUUGUGAGUCAGCGAGGGGAGAUCAGGCAGCACGGCCGCGCGUUGCUGGGCCUCCUGACAGACUGCAGCAGUGGCGAAUGUGAGCCAGAGAAAGUCACGGCAGUCCUCACAGCGCUGCUCGAGCAAGGGAUGGAGUUCCGGCAGCCGGAGUGCUGGCCAGCAGACGAUGAGGAGAAAUGCAGAUUGGUGGUCUGCAGGGGACGCUGCUCUCCCUUUUCUUUUGCGUGCACCUUUGGGCAAGGCGGGACUGUGAAGGGGUACCUUGCAGCGCUGCAGCAGAUAGAUGACAGGAAUUUCAUAGACUUCAGCGCCAAGGAUGUGGCCCACACCGUGCUGAUGGGAGCCGCGGUGAUGGGGAGAGCAGAAGUGUGUGCUCUGCUGCUGGAUGCUGGAGCCGACAUGCUGGCCCCUUCUGCCUGGACAGGAUACCCACCUCUGGGAUGCUGCCAUGAGCCCAGAAUGGUCAAAGAUUGCCGUGACGGAGCUCCUAGCGCCUUCACCAACUGCCAGCGCGGGAUGGGGCCUUAA